AUGGAAAUCGGGAAUUGGGAAUUGGGAAUAGGGAAUACCACCCAAUUGCCCCAAUCCUCAACCGCGUUGCCCGCACCAGUUCCUUAUGUUUCUCCGGGGCCAUAUAGUGUGGAAUAUCCAUAUGAUUACCACUUCUCUAUAAACCAGCCGGAGAGAUGCAAUCAGCUUAGGCCAUUUGUGGUUCUGAUCGUGCCAGUGGGACCAGAAAACACUGCUCAUCGCAUCAAUAUCCGCAACACUUGGGGAAAUCAAACUCUAUUGCUGCAGGAUAAAGUGGUGAGUCUGUUCUUCCUGUUAGGUCACCCGUCAUCAGCGGGAAACGCAGCAAAGAUUCAGCAGCAGGUGAUGGAGGAGAGCAAGGAGUAUGGGGACCUGCUUCAGAGUGACUUCCUGGACUGCUACAAGAACCUCACCAUUAAGACCAUGGUGAUGAUGGAGUGGCUGCAGACAUAUUGCACAAAUGCCACCUACGCCAUGAAGAUUGAUUCUGACAUGUUCCUCAAUGUGCCAAACCUGAUCAGCAUGCUGUCAACAGCCAAAAAAGAGAACUAUCUGACCGGCCUUGUGGCCCACGGGGCUGCUGUUUUGAGAAGUAAGAGCACAAAAUGGUACCUGCCGCCAUCCGCUUACCCUGAGAGCCAAUAUCCACCUUACGCCCUGGGCCUGGGCUAUGUCUUUUCAUUAGACCUUCCCAAGAAGAUUGUGGAGGCUUCCAGGCAUGUUCGCCCAGUCUACAUUGAGGAUGUUUAUGUGGGAUUGUGUAUGAGACACUUGCAGAUUGUGCCCACCGACCCGCCAGAUUAUAAAUUUCAUGUGUUUCCUCUGAAGUAUAACCGCUGCUCUUUCUCAAGGAUUAUAGCGACCACGAUAAAACCCAGCACUGAUGUGCAAGAGAAUUGGAAAGACUUCUCGAGACCAGGUCCAUACUGUUGACGUUGAAGAACUUCCAAGAGUUGGACUAAAUCCCUUUUUCAUCCUGCCAGAUUUUACCCUGAAGUCUUCCCCA